AUUAUUGCCACAGCAAUAACACAUAUCAAAUCGUGUCUGUUGUUAGUGCCGUCUUGACGGACCCAAAGAAUAUUUAUCGUCGAUAUGUGCUCUGCUUAACAUUUCUGGUUGAACAGUGAACGAGUGACAAUCGUCUUUCUGGAAGCUCACAGAUUUUAUAAAAUCGUUUACACAAUCGUUUCUGUCUGUUUUUUUUUUUUUCAAAAAUUUAAUUUCACACUUCAAGUCAAAGUGUUUCACACUUUUUUUCUGCAAUAUUUUCUCGCCUCUUAAGACAGUUGCAAGUCAGAACAAUUAUCGUAAUUGGUUUUGUUGUCAAUUUCCAAGAAAUUCUUGGUGCUGUAAAUAAAAACGAUACUUAAAAGAAGAAGCAAAAAAAAAAAGAAAAACACUUUUCAAGAAAAAAAUCACAUCAGCUGUUUUUUGUGUGGCAUUUCAACUGGUUCAACGCAAAAAUGGAUGAUGAAUUUGCAUUAUGCUGGAACAAUUUUCAGGAGAACAUUGCGUCCGGCUUUCAAAAUUUAUUCGACCGUGGCGAUUUGGUGGAUGUAACUUUAGCAUGCGAUGGAAAACUGUUACAAGCACAUAAAAUUGUGUUGGCGAUUUGCAGUCCAUACUUUCAAGAGAUGUUCAUUACGAAUCCAUGCCGUCAUCCAAUCAUCGUACUCAAAGACGUAUCAUACACGGUGAUGACGGAAUUGUUGCAAUUUAUGUAUCAAGGAGUUGUGAAUGUAAAGCAUACCGAAUUGAAUUCGUUCAUGAAAAUUGCUCAACAAUUGCAAAUAAAAGGUCUUGCCACGUCAUCGUCAAAUCAACAAAUGCACCCAAGUCAAGCGCAUCAUCAUUCACAAAAGUCACCGUCCAGUCCGGCUGGUAGUUUUGGUGCGAAAAAUGAAAACUAUCCGAAUGCAUUCCAUUCGAGUCAAUUGAGUGGACACAAACGAGCAGCACUCGACUAUAGCAAUUUGCAUAAUGAAAGCGGCGGCGGCAGCGGUUCAUCAAAAAAACAUUUGAAACGAACAUCAGAAAGUGUUGACAAUGAUGUUAGUACCGAAUCAAUGGAUAAUCUUAGCACCUCCGAAGAUGGAUUUCCAAUUCCACAAAUCUCGAUGAUCGAAUCCGGACGAUUUGAUUUAUCGAAUGUGAAAAGAGAAACUGGCGAUUCACCGGGAGCGACACGAAAUCUAUCAGCACCGUUUAACUUUGAUUAUAACCAAAAUUACGAUUUUUUCAAAGGCUUAGCAAAUGCAUCGGCAGCAGGAAGCAGCGCAUCAACAAUUAAUGCCAAUCAUAUGGAAAUUCCAACGGUAACACCCGGAGAAAAAUGGUGCCACGGUAAAUUGGAAUUUAUGCUCAGUCAACGUGGUAAACCGCUUUUAGUUCACGACGGACAUUCAUUUGGCAUUCAAUACAUUCGCAAGGACAAAAAAUACUGGCAAUGCAAUUUAUCUCGAAAAUUCAAUUGUAAGGCACGCGUGACAACAACUGAUACGGGUGAGAUAAUUGUAACAAAUAAUGAACAUUGUCACACGGAAAUUCGGCAGCAUUUGAAAAAAGACUACAAAAACAAAUUAAUGUUGAACGCUCUCAGUCACUUCAAUCACCAUCUAAAUAACAGCAUCCUAUCAGGAAAUGGGCCAAUCGAUGUUAGCAAUAAUAACAAUAAUCUUAAUAAUAAUAACAACAGCAGCAGCAACGAAAAUGCACGUGCUCGAUCUUCUUCUCCGCAAAUCAGUUCGAACGGCAGCUGGAACUUGAAAAAAGAGUCGAACUAGAUGAAAUUGCGCAAGUUGAUGAAUGUGUGAAGUACAAAUGCAAUGAUACUCUAAAAUCGUAAUAUUGAAUACUAUGAGCAAAUUUUGUUUGACCAAAAAAUAUAUAUAUAUGUUUAAUUCGGAAAAUCUAUCGUAUGCCAUGAAAAUGUCAAUUAGAAACUUUAGUGUUUAGGGUUUUUUCUCGACUUGUAUGAAUUGAUAUUUUGUGACAAAUCGGGAAGAUAUGCAGCUAACAUACCAAAUGAAUAAUCUAAAUUUAAAAAAUGGUUUAUUUUGUUUAAAUGAACAACCUAAAUAUAACAAUUAUAAUUUUACAACUUUUUUUAUAUUAAUUUACAAUGCGAAUAGCUACAAUCAAAUGGAUUAAGUAGAAAAUAUUAAUGGAAGGGCCAAAAAUAGCCGGUAAUUUACAGAUCAAUGACAUCUCUCUCAACUUAUUCAAAUAAGACUUAAUCGUAAUCAAUUGUCUUCAUUUAGCUAACAAUGUCAAUGUUAAAAUUUAGAAAAGUGACGACCAAAAAUACAAUAACUGAUAAGAUUUGAAAA